CUUACUAGGUUGUGGAGCAGGGAUGGAGCUCAGAUUAGCCAGAGAUCAAGUGGUUCAAUCCUAUGGACAAAUCCCCUUUGUCUCUCCCCAAUCCCUAUCAUGGGGCUGUUCUCUUCAGAUUCCUCCUUAUUAAGGACGAGGCAGAGAGGGGAAAGAAUUGGCAAUAGAUCUCCACUCCCAUGCCUUUCCUUUCCACCCUGAUGAGCACUAAUGGGCUAGGCCUGAAGGACACAAUAGCAAGCUUUGAUGUUUCACCAGCCAGCCCUGAAGUUAUCAUUUAUGUGACCUGGAUUUACAACACACUUCUUUCUUCAUUUGCACCAGCAGGAAUAUUUCACUAAACUCCAGCUCCUUAACCCAUCCACCCCCUCAUUUUCUUUCAUUCUUUGUGAGGUUUGAAUGGAUUCCCUUGGCUUCUCCCUAAUUUAAAGUGAAAAGCUGAAGUGAGUAAUUCCUUGUGACAGGACUAAUCCCAACCUGGUGACUUGACGAAGCUUUCCUCACUCACCAGCCUCUGGGGCACCUCAGCUACCUAGUGGGGCCCCAGUCUCAGGACUCAGAAUCAGAGGAGAGAAGUUAAGACCCUUUUUGUAAUGGGACUGUAGCACUGAUUUUCCAUCAUCGGAAAGAAGCUGGUGAGAAGCAGAGGGGUUCAUUUGAGAUAGUCACUCCUUCCAGUCUCAUAGAACCUUCCUGGGAGCAGCAUGUCAGAAGCAGAAGGAACAUUCAGAGCCGUCUCUGAGGAGGAGCAAGAAUUGCGUUCUAAACUGGAGCGACUCACCACCAAGGAUCAUGGGCCCGUCUUUGGAAGGUGUAGCCAAGUACCCCUACAUACCAUGCAGAAGGCCAAGGAUGAGCUCAAUGAGACAGAGGAAUCCCGGGAAGCUGCCGUGAGGGAGUUGCGGGAACUUAUUCAAGAACGAGCUGACAGUGGAGAUGACAUGGGUCUGUUGGUAGCUGAGAAAGUCCAAGGGAAGGAAAAUGACUUCUUCCUACGUUUCGUUCGGGCCCGCAAGUUUGAUGUCAGUCGUGCCUAUGACCUGCUUAAAGGUUAUGUGAAUUUUCGACAACAAUACCCCGAGCUCUUUGAAGAUCUGUCAACAGAAGCUGUUCGUUGCACCAUUGAAGCUGGCUAUCCAGGCAUUCUCUCCAGCAGGGAUAAGUAUGGUCGUGUGGUCAUGCUCUUCAACAUUGAGAACUGGGACUAUGAGGAAAUCACUUUUGAUGAGAUCCUGCAGGCUUACUGUGUCAUCCUGGAAAAGCUGCUGGAGAAUGAAGAAACCCAAAUUAAUGGCUUCUGCAUUGUGGAGAACUUCAAGGGCUUCACCAUGAACCAGGCAGCAGGCCUCAGGCCCUCAGAGCUCAGGAAGAUGGUGGACAUGCUCCAGGAUUCUUUCCCAGCCAGAUUCAAAGCUAUCCACUUCAUCCACCAGCCAUGGUACUUCACCACCACCUACAAUGUGGUUAAGCCUUUCUUAAAACACAAACUUCUGGAGCGGGUCUUCAUUCACGGGGAUGACUUGGAGACCUUCUUCCAGGAAGUUGAUGAAGACAUAUUGCCUGCUGACUUUGGUGGCACACUGCCCAAAUAUGAUGGCAAAGUCAUAGCGGAACAGCUCUUUGGACCCCGGACUGUGGCUGAAGACACUGCCUUUUAAGAAAACCUAUUUGUUACCUUGUUACUUCCCCCAGUAACCUAGAGUCUACCCACCUCUUCUCUCUGCCUGUCCUGGAGGAAAUCAAUAGUCUGAUGAAUUCUUUGUGUGAAAGAUCAGGGAUAUAUUUUUGUGGUUGCCUGUGUGUCUGUUUCCCCAUACCUUUCUCUACCUACAUGCACCCAGUCAGGAUCAGAGGUCCCUUGUCUUGUCUACACUAAACUAGCAAAACUGAAUCUUCCUAAAUGUCUACAACUAGGGGAAACAUAGCCCAACUCUCCAGCUGUCAUCUAAGCUAUGGGGCAAGUGUAGAACUAAGGAAGGGUGGCAGAGAGGAGAGAGAAAAAUAAACACUGACCUAUUUUCUUGAGUACUGUGAUAAAAACAAUAUAUUCAUUGCUAGCUACUCCCACUACUUUCAUCCUAGGGACUAUCGUCCUAUUCCUCUUUAGCCUGAGACUAUGGGAUAUUGGCAUCCUUGAUCUGACCGCAAACCAGUGCCUAUGUAAUGACUGACAGAUCAUCAUAUUUCCAGCCAGCUGUUUGGAGGGUAUGUUGGGGAAAGUCUAGGGGACACACAGAGGCUAUAAAAAGUAAGCAAAUCACAAGCGUACAGUGUAGUUACUUAAAGAGUCAGUCAGUUGACUGAUGUUUAUUAUCACCCAAGUCUGGACCUUAGCAAUAUUUUGAUUCACUCCAUGGCUUCUUGGGCAUUCUCUUUUUUAGACCCAAAUUCUUGAGGCAAGUAAAGUCCUUUCAAACCUCCUGACACCUGGUAUCUGUUCACUCUAUUAUUUUCUCCCAGCUCAUAUCCUUCCUGACUUCUUGAACUUUCUCUCAUUUUCCUUGGGUGUCCUGAACAGGUCAAUUCAUGUAGAAAACCAUUUGACUGGCUCUUGUUCUUGGCUCAUUCAAUAUCUCCCUAGUUUCUUUUGUCACCGUUUACCACUUUCCCCACACAUAUCUCUUCAAAUACAAAUUCUGUGACUUACUAAUCACGUAACUGAGGGCAAAUCAUUGAACCUUUAUAGGCUUAGUGAUCUCAUCUGCAAAAGGAGGGGGUUCUACUAGAAUAGAGGCAUCCGACUCAAGACAAGAGUGGUUUGCUAAACUCUCAACUGCAUUCCCAAACCAGAUUAGAAGUAAUGGAAAAACAUUUAACAAAAUAAAUAAAAAUAGAAGACAACAUA